ACCAAUGAGCGAAGGAAGAGGGCGGGCACAUCUGCACUGUAAUCAAUCCCCUGAUCACCGCUUGAGCUUGUCUGUCGAGUCGUACGCUGUGCGCGUUUGCUGUCAUCGAACGUGAGCCGCGGGGUUUAAGCCGGUCGAUGAGUUUUUUACUCCACUAAAAGUGCGACAAGACAGGAGAAGAAGGAGGGACAUGGGGGAAAGAUUUGUAGUAGUCCCGGUUGACGGAGGAGGGGGGGUCGCCGGGGAGAGGGAGCACUCAGACGCGGUUGUCGCUGACCCGGCACCGGACACCGGCAGCAGCAGCAGCAGCAGCAGCAGCGCCGGCGGCGUUGAUGGCACAGUGGGGGCAGAGGAGGCGCGGGAGGACUCUGUGUUCGAGCCGCAGGACCCCAACGCUGUGGUGCCGAUCCUGGAGUACAACAGGGAGCCCAACAAGUACGGUGAUGGUGUUCCAAAAGAAAACAGUCCCUUUAUCAACAACAUAGACAAUGACAAAGGCAACAGCUAUGAUGGCACCAACAUGGCUCUGUUUGAGGAGGAGAUGGACAGCAACCCCAUGGUGUCAUCUCUCCUCAAUAAACUGGCAAACUACACCAAUCUCACCCAGGGGGCCCAGGAACAUGAGGAAGCUGACGAUGAUGAGGGGCCCAAGAAGAAAGCUGUUAAGAGCCCACAGAUGGGGACCUUCAUGGGUGUCUACCUACCCUGCCUCCAGAAUAUUCUCGGGGUCAUCCUGUUUCUGCGCCUUACCUGGAUUGUCGGCACUUCCGGCAUCUUGGAGUCCCUGGCUAUCGUUGGCUUGUGCUGUUCUUGCACCAUGCUGACAGCCAUAUCCAUGAGUGCAAUCGCUACUAAUGGCGUCGUUCCAGCUGGAGGUUCCUACUAUAUGAUUUCCAGAUCUCUUGGCCCAGAGUUUGGGGGAGCCGUAGGCCUCUGUUUCUACUUGGGGACAACUUUUGCUGGCUCCAUGUACAUCCUGGGUACUAUAGAGAUUCUUCUGACCUACAUCGUGCCUAAAGCAGCCAUCUUUGUGGCAGAGAAAAAGGAGGAUGAGGUGGAGGCCCUGCUGAAUAAUAUGCGUGUUUAUGGCACAUGCUGCCUAGCACUGAUGGCUGUGGUCGUCUUUGUCGGGGUUAAAUAUGUCAACAAGCUAGCUUUAGUCUUCCUGGCCUGUGUCAUUCUCUCCAUCCUCGCCAUCUAUGCUGGAGUCAUUAAGACCGUCUUUGAGCCACCAGACUUUCCUGUUUGCAUGUUGGGAAAUCGCACUCUGAAGAACCGCAACUUUGACAAGUGCCUUAAGACAGAGGUUAUAGACAACGUGACAGUCACUACCAAGCUGUGGAAGCUGUUCUGUGACGGGCCUGAGCUCAAUGCCACCUGCAAUGAUUAUUUUUUAUACAACAAUGUUACGGUGGUGCAGGGCAUCCCCGGGCUGACGAGCGGAGUCAUUUCAGAAAAUAUGUGGUCAGAGUAUGGUCCUCUGGGUAUGUUGGUAGAAAACAAGAAGUUGUCAUCUCUUGGGGGAAAUGAACCUGCCCAGGACAUCUACAUGCCAUAUGUAGUCAAUGAUAUAACCACGUUCUUCACACUGCUGGUCGGGAUCUAUUUCCCAUCUGUCACGGGUAUCAUGGCUGGUUCAAACCGGUCAGGCGACUUGAGGGAUGCCCAGAAGUCCAUCCCCAUUGGGACCAUCCUGGCUAUUGUUACCACCUCCAUCAUCUACAUCAGCUGCGUGGUUUUAUUUGGUGCCUGCAUUGAGGGCGUUGUUCUUCGAGACAAAUUUGGUGAUUCAGUGAAAGGGAACCUUGUUAUAGGCACAUUAUCAUGGCCCUCGCCCUGGGUCAUCGUGAUUGGCUCAUUCUUUUCCUGCUGUGGGGCUGGUCUGCAGAGUUUGACUGGUGCCCCGCGCCUGCUGCAGGCCAUCGCACGAGACGGCAUUGUACCUUUCUUACAGGUGUUUGGUCAUGGGAAAGCUAACGGAGAACCUACCUGGGCCCUGUUGCUGACUGCUGGGAUCUGUGAGAUCGGCAUCCUCAUCGCCUCACUGGACUCUGUGGCUCCUAUCCUCUCCAUGUUUUUCCUCAUGUGCUACCUCUUUGUGAACCUGGCCUGUGCUGUUCAGACCCUGCUGCGAACGCCCAACUGGAGACCACGCUUCAAAUACUACCACUGGGCUCUGUCCUUCCUGGGAAUGAGCUUGUGCCUUGCGCUCAUGUUCAUCUCCUCCUGGUAUUAUGCUAUUGUUGCCAUGGCCAUCGCUGGGUGCAUCUACAAAUACAUUGAAUACAGAGGGGCGGAGAAAGAAUGGGGCGAUGGCAUCCGUGGUCUCUCUCUUAAUGCAGCCCGCUAUGCCCUCAUUCGCCUUGAGGAGGCUCCACCACACACCAAGAACUGGCGGCCUCAGUUGUUGGUGCUGCUGAACCUGGACUCAGAUCAAGGAGUCAAACACCCUCGUCUGCUCUCUCUCACCACUCAGCUGAAGGCAGGGAAAGGCCUGACGAUAGUGGGAAAUGUUUUAGAGGGAACUUAUCUCACUAAAGAGGCAGAGGCCAAGAGGGCUGAGCAGAACAUCAAGUCUGCCAUGUCAGCAGAGCGGACCAAGGGAUUCUGUCAUGUUGUGAUGUCUUCAAACCUCCGAGACGGCGUCUCCCACCUCAUCCAGUCUGCGGGGCUGGGAGGGAUGAAGCACAACACGGUCUUAAUGGCCUGGCCUGGGACCUGGAAGCAGUCCAAUGACCGGCAGUCGUGGAAGAAUUUCAUAGAGACAGUGCGGGAGACCACAGCCGCCCAUCAGGCCUUACUUGUGGCUAAGAAUGUGGACAGUUUCCCUACCAACCAGGAGCGCCUGGGGGAGGGAACCAUUGAUGUGUGGUGGGUGGUCCAUGAUGGAGGCAUGUUGAUGCUGCUGCCCUUCCUGCUGCGACAGCACAAGGUGUGGAGGAAAUGCAAGAUGCGUAUCUUCACUGUGGCCCAGAUGGAUGACAACAGCAUCCAAAUGAAGAAAGAUCUCCAGAUGUUCCUCUACCACCUUCGAUUGAAUGCAGAGGUGGAAGUGGUGGAGAUGCAUGAUAAUGACAUCUCAGCCUUCACUUAUGAGAAGACACUGAUGAUGGAGCAAAGGUCUCAGAUGCUGAAACAGAUGCAUCUGUCCAGGACUGAGAGGGAAAGAGAGAUUCAGAGUAUCACUGAUGAAUCGCGUAAUUCAAUCCGGAGGAAGAACCAGGGCGCUGCCCAGAGUACGAACCCCAGCCAGCAGUCCUCACCGAUGGAGGACACUCAGGAGGAUGAGGCCCAGCUCAUCCAUGACAGGAACACAGCAUCUCACGCCACGAUAAAUGAUAAGGCCGACACCGGGCCUGAGCGGGUUCACAUGACUUGGACCAAGGAUAAGCUGUUCACGGAGCGUAAUCGUAACCGCGAGUGCAACGCCAACGUGGCUGUGCGCGACCUGUUUAACAUGAAACCAGAGUGGGAGAGUCUGAACCAGUCUAAUGUUCGUCGGAUGCACACAGCUGUCAAGCUGAACGAGGUGGUGGUCAACAAGUCGCAGGGAGCUCACCUGGUUCUCCUCAACAUGCCUGGACCACCUAGGAACAGAGGAGGAGAUGAAAACUACAUGGAGUUCCUGGAGGUUCUCCUCGAGGGCCUGAACCGAGUCCUUCUGGUGCGCGGCGGUGGCCGUGAAGUCAUCACCAUCUACUCUUAAAAGAAACUCUUACGCCCCACACU